CCCGCAGCCUUAGCGGGUCGCGCCGGAGAGGGGGUGGAGGCGGAAGUGGCGGCGCCGGGCCGGGGGAAUAGGAAGGAGCCGGGGCUGCAGCCGGAGUGGAGCGGCUGCCAGCCGAGGAGCAGGCGCGGCCGCGGCGCCAUAUUUCGGCCCUUAGCGGCCGCGAUCGAGUCAUGGCCGAGACCUACGACUUCCUCUUCAAAUUCCUGGUGAUCGGCAGUGCAGGAACUGGCAAAUCAUGUCUCCUUCAUCAGUUCAUUGAGAAUAAGUUCAAACAGGACUCUAACCACACGAUUGGCGUGGAGUUUGGAUCCCGGGUGGUCAACGUAGGUGGGAAGACUGUGAAGCUACAGAUUUGGGACACGGCUGGCCAGGAGCGAUUUAGGUCGGUGACACGGAGUUAUUACCGAGGGGCGGCUGGAGCCCUGCUUGUGUACGACAUUACCAGCCGGGAGACAUACAACUCAUUGGCUGCCUGGCUGACCGACGCCCGGACGCUGGCCAGUCCCAAUAUCGUGGUCAUCCUCUGUGGCAACAAGAAGGACCUGGACCCUGAGCGGGAGGUCACUUUCUUGGAGGCUUCCCGCUUUGCCCAGGAGAAUGAACUAAUGUUCCUGGAGACCAGUGCUCUCACAGGCGAGAACGUGGAGGAGGCCUUCCUGAAGUGUGCCCGCACCAUCCUCAACAAGAUCGACUCAGGUGAGCUAGACCCCGAGAGGAUGGGCUCAGGCAUUCAGUAUGGUGAUGCUUCCCUUCGCCAACUCCGGCAGCCUCGAAGUGCCCAGGCCGUGGCCCCUCAGCCCUGUGGCUGCUGAGACCUGUGGAGUUAGCUCACCUAUUCUCCAGGACCAGCCCUGCCCUUCUGGCUGGGGCCCAGACCAGGCCCUGGGAAGCCGUAUCUCAACCUGCCCUGGCCCCGGAGAAGCUGCCCUGCCACCUGUCCCCCUUCCCUGGCCUGGUGGGGCUUGGCUUUGGGGCAAGACUGAGCCAUGAGGGAAGGGGGAACCCAUGCUUGCUGCUGCUUCCUCUGUCUUGGCUAACCUCUGUCCCCCCUGAACCCUUAACCAUACCCCAAGAGAUCCCAAAGCCUGAGACCAGGGUCAUUUGGCCCUAACUCCCUGCCUGGCCCUGCUGUUGCGAGUAUGUGUUAUUUAUUACCUGGAGGCCUGUCCUGACCCUAGCCCUAUCCCCAUAAAGCAUUGUUUACACCUGUG